AUGUCCGACAUAUGUCGAAGGUGCAAUGUAGUUGUGAAUGAUUUAGGAAGUAGCAGACAUGGAGAUGGAAGUAGCACCACCAGCGCGGAUGCUGUAGUUCAGGAGAUUCGGCAAAAUGGAGGGAAAGCUGUCGCAAAUUACGAUUCCGUGCUGAAUGGUGCGAAUAUCAUUAAGACGGCAAUCGAGGCAUUCGGUCGUGUCGACGUAGUUGUAAAUAACGCUGGUAUUCUGAGGGACACUUCGUUCAUGAAGAUGACGGAUGCACAAUGGGAUGCAAUACAGGAUGUUCAUCUUAAGGGUGCGAUGAAAACGACGCAAGCAGCAUGGCCGUACUUUCUUAAACAAAAAUAUGGCCGUAUCAUUUUUACAUCAAGCAACAGCGGUUUAUACGGAAACUUUGGACAAGCUAAUUACAGCGCAGCGAAAUUGGGCCUCGUCGGAUUAGCCAACACAUUAGCCAUCGAAGGUGCAAAAAAGAAUGUUUACACCAAUGUAAUAGUGCCUACAGCUGGCUCGCGUUUAACGGAAGAUAUUCUUCCAUCGGAUUUACAUGAACAAUUAAAGCCCGAAUUGAUAGCACCCGUUGUUUUUUGGUUGAGCCACGAAAAUUGUACAGAAAAUGGUUCUAUAAUUGAAGCAGCAUUAGGUUGGGCUGGCAAAUGUCAUUUAAUCCGUUCUUCGGGUUGUGUCUUGCGACAAAAGUUAUCAGCUGACGUUACACCAGAAAACGUUCAAGAAAAUUGGUCGAAAGUAAUUGACAUGAAAUUUGCAAAACGACUCGAUUCGAUUCAGGAAGCAACAGGGGAAUUAAUGGGCCUUAUCCAGAACUUGCAAACUACAGCUUCUUCAUCAAAUCAACUGGUCCUGUCGAGUAAUUAUAAUUAUCGCGAUGUUAUACUAUACGCGCUUGGAGUCGGAGCUACAGUUCAGGAACCAAAUGAUAUUCGUUAUUUGUAUGAGAAUGCUGAUGAGUUUGCCGUUUUGCCUACUUUCUACGCCUUGUACGGACCUGAAGGAUGUAUGUCCAAUGGUAUCCUGCAGGAUGCUCUACCAAAUGCACAAAUUGAUCCAACACGAAUAUUUCAUGGCGAGCAAUAUCUAGAAAUUUAUAAACAGUUACCUACAGAAGCUACGGUAGAGACGCGCUUCAAAGUACAGGAUGUCUUAGACAAAGGAAAAGGUGUCGUUGUCUUAAUUCAACAUGACACUUAUAAUGUAGCAGAUGGAGAAAAACUGUCGACUGGACAGUUAUCGAUAUUUAUCGUCGGUGCAGGUGGUUUUCAAGGAAAACGAACAUCCACCCAUACCAUUCCAACUGUUGAUCCUCCUGCUCGAAAACCGGAUGUAACAGUUACACAGCAGACUAGUGUUGAUCAGGCUGCUUUAUACAGAUUGAGCGGUGAUCUUAAUCCUCUGCACAUCGACGUUAAUGUGGCCGCGUUAGCAGGUUUCAAAAAACCAAUAUUGCAUGGAUUAUGUUCGCUGGGAUUUUCCACCCGUCAUGUUCUUCAUACUUAUGCUGCUGGAGAUCCAUCUUUAUUCAAAUCAAUUAAGGUGAGAUUUGCAAAGCCAGUUUUGCCAGGCCAGACUCUACGCACUGAUAUGUGGCGUAAUAGUAACAGAAUACAUUUCCAAACAUCUCUUGUCGAGACUGGCGUACCAGUUGUAACAGGUGCUUACAUUGAUUUGUUGGACGUUAAAACGGGAAUGCCUCGAGCAAAUCUGUGCUCUGGGAAGGAAAAUCUGCAGAGUGAUGCUAUUUUUGCAACUAUGGGUGAACAGGUCAAAUUACAUCCGGAUGAAGCUAAGAAAGUUAACGCAGUCUUUCUGUAUAAUAUUACUGUUGGUGGGAAACCAACAUCCGAAUGGACUCUUGAUUUAAAGAACGCAGAAGUGCAUAAAGGAAAACCUAAAUCUGGGAAAGCAGACGCGACACUUACUAUAGAAGAUACAGAUAUGGUUGAAAUUGCAUUAGGAAAAUUAAAUCCGCAAGUCGCAUUUAUGCGUGGAAAAUUAAAAAUAAGUGGAAACAUUAUGCUCGCGCAAAAAUUGAAAACUCUUAUGGAGACCAGCAAGGCAAAGCUGUGAUCAUUCAUAUUGUUGUUAUGUUUAAAAAAAA